GUGAAUUUCAUCUGUUAUCCAUACUGGAGAUCAUCAGAAAGAGCCACGGGAGACACCAAGAUCGCCCCUCUGAGACUGGGCUAGUAAUCGUUGGAAGCCACAGUACACCACCAUGCCCGCUCUGUUCGUGCUGUACGAGACAGCGGCAGGGUACUCGCUGUUUGAAGUCAUUGGCCUCGAUGAAUUGGGACAAAGUGCAGAUGCAGUGCAGCAGUCCACGCUGGACCUAGCUCGCUUUGGCAAAGUGGUCAAGCUGCAGUCUUUUUUGCCCUUCAAAAAUGCUGCACAUGCCUUGGACGAGAUAAACGCAAUCUCUGAAGCGGUGCUGACGGACGAUCUCCAGAGCUUCUUGGAAACAAACCUGCCCAAGGUGAGCGGCAAGCCGAGCAAGGACCCCAAGUUCCAGCUGGGUGUCUCCGAGGCGAAGCUGGGCUCGGAGAUCCAGGAGGCCACCAAGAUCCCCUGCGUCUGCAAUGAGUUCAUUGGGGAGCUCGUGCGCGGACUGCGGCUGCAUGCCCCGCGCCUGCUCAAGGGCCUCGAGGAGAUGGACCUCCGCCGCAGUCAGCUAGGUCUCGCGCACUCAUACUCCCGCGCCAAGGUGAAGUUCAACGUGAACCGCGUGGACAACAUGGUCAUCCAGGCGAUCGCGCUACUGGACACGCUGGACAAGGACAUCAACACGUUUGUGAUGCGCGUGCGCGAGUGGUACUCGUGGCACUUCCCCGAGCUGGUCAAGAUCUGCGCGGACAACUACCAGUAUGCGCGUCUGGCGCUCUUCGUCAAGGAGAAGACCUCGCUCAGCCAGGACAGCCUGCCAGGCCUGACGGACAUAGUGGGCGAUGAGGACAAGGCGAAGGAGAUAGUGGAGGCGGCCAAGAGCAGCAUGGGGCAGGACAUCUCCCCCAUCGAUCUCAUCAACAUCGAGACCUUUGCCUCGCGCGUCAUCGCCCUGGCCGAGUACCGCCUGCAGCUGCACGCCUACCUGCUCGACAAGAUGCACGCCAUCGCGCCCAACCUGUCCGCCCUCAUCGGCGAAAUCGUCGGCGCCCGCCUCAUCUCCCACGCCGGGUCGCUGGUGAACCUGGCAAAGUACCCGGCCAGCACAGUGCAGAUCCUGGGCGCAGAGAAGGCGCUGUUCAGGGCGCUGAAGACGAAGGGCAACACGCCCAAGUACGGCCUGAUCUUCCAUUCCUCGUUCAUCGGCCGCGCCAAGCAGCGCAACAAGGGCCGUAUCUCCCGCUAUCUCGCCAACAAGUGCUCCAUCGCCUCCAGGAUCGACUGCUUCUCGGAGUGGACGGGGACGGCUGCGUUUGGGGAGAAGAUGAAGGAGCAGGUGGAGGAGCGGCUGCGCUUCUACGAGGAGGGCAUCGCACCCACCAAGAACACCACCGCCAUGCAGGAGGCGAUGGCGACGGUGCGGGAGGCGGGCGAUGCAGCGAAGGGCCCCGAGCCGCUGGUGCCGGUGGCGGUGGAGCCAUCGGCGGAGGAGGGCGCAACUGCGAAGAAGUCGAAGAAGCGCAAGGUCGCCGAGGCCCAGGCCGUCCAGGCGCAGGCCGCCGAGGCCGCCGCCAACGGCGCCCCGGCCGGCGAGGAUGCCACAAAGAAGAAGAAAAAGAAGAAGGCGGCAGCCGAGGAGGCACCAGCGGCAGCAGCCGCACCGGCAGAGGACGAGGCACCCAAGAAAACGAAGAAGAAGGCGGCAGCAGCCAAGGAGGCGCCGGCAGCAGCAGUGGCAGAGCCCUCAACAGAGAAGAAGAAAAAGAAGAAGAAAAAGGACGCAGAGGCCUGAUUAGGGAAGGCUGACCUUGCCUGAGCAGUUGGUGUGUUUAUCUGGGGCGCUGAGUUUUGGAGAGAUGCAAAUAAACAUUGAAAAGUUGUAAAAGGUUUGUUGGAUU